AUGCCUGGAAAAUUUGAAAUAAUCACUUAUUUCUCAGUAAUACUACCAACGACAAUAUUGGAAAAUAUUAGAAAUGAACCGAGUACUUUUGGCACUAAAUUUGUGACAUUAUUUCCUUGGAGCAAAAGAAUAUCAAAUAACAGCAAUCUCACUUUUCAAAUUAUUAAUGCGUCGAUGAAUGAAACAGCAAAAGUUGUCAUUGAGUACGACGAUGGCAUGGAAAAGCUGAAAAACAAAACACAAAUGCGACGAGAAAUUUUAAAUGUUCAACCAAACUCCUAUACUACGCAUAAAUUUUGUGCGAAAAUGAUGGCACAAUCACACGAAGCAAAUAAAAGUUUGAUCCGAUCCAGUUCAUCUAGAAUUUACCUUUCUUCCAGCUCACCUGUUUCUAUCGUAGAAUGUAUUUUUAUCUCUUAUCAAAUUGGUGAUUGUUUCACAGUUUUACCGGUAACAAUGGCUGCAAAUCGGUAUUCGUUCUCAAUUGCGCCAUCUAUAUUCAGCGGUAUAUUCACAGCAUAUUUCAUACCGACAUUUACCGAUUCACAUAUAAGCAUUACAUCUGUCACAAGGAAAGGUUUGCAACGGAUCAGUACGAUUUCACGUUUUUAUCGCGGAUCGAUGAUUUAUGCUUAUAACAGUUCGAUCAACGAUCCCUCUACAAUGUACAUAUCGGGCGCAUCGCCAUUUCUGAUUUUGUUAUCGAUGCGAACACAUUUGAAACAAAUCCCUUACGAAAGUUUUGCUUGUACGAUGCUUAUGCCACUGCCAAAUGAAGCUUAUUCUCAAAUAGCACUUCGAGAUGAUUUUAACGCUCAUUUUGCUCCGUUGGAUUCUUCAAAGGAUUACCGAACUGAACUCUUCUUAGCAGCACCAAUGCAAAAUUGUCAGUCUUUCACCGUUAUUACAUUUCGUCCCAAUAGCACAAAGCUAAUUGACGUCAAACCCGACGUGAUCUCCGAUGACGUUGCCAUGGAAUGGGGUCAUCGAGCCAAUGAUGCAAUCGUUGGCUAUGCUUCAAGCAAUACUCUCUUCCAGUUACUUCGUUUUGAAACCUACCAAAACAUCAGUUCAUUUCUGGAUAUUAUACCGGCUUAUUCGCAAUAUCUGACCGGUCGAAUGUGUUUUAUUUUUGAAAAUGAAAGUGAACGUUUAUUUCUCUACGAUGUGCCACGUCAGUCGGAUACUUUCCUAUUAGAUGGGAAAGCAUUGGACGUGGAAUAUAUCCAACAUUUCGAGAAUUCAUUCCGUUAUAUUACUAUGCGUAAAAUUAAUACAAAAAAGUUAGCACGUGGAUUGCAUUGUUUGGAAUCAAAAGGUCGCUAUUUGCUUUUUAUUUUCGGUGGAAGUGAAAAAAUGUAUGGCUAUGCGCCAGCUUUCAACACUUAUGCGAUGGAAACUUCAAAAUGGAUCGUUGAAAAUAAUUUUCACUCAUACCGUUAUGAUAUUUUUGGCACCUCGUUCAUGACUUUAUUUCCGUGGAUUACAAUCGAAGACAAUAAUGACGACUCAGCCACCGUUCUAACACUCGAAAUUCUCAACCCACAUCCAUAUAUGGUGGCGGAAGUUAACAUUAGUUACCUCAGUGAAAUCAAAGGAAAUUUAAUUGAAAAGACAUACAACAUUAUACCUUACACACACCGUAAGCUCGAAAUAAAUGAAAAAAUGGUGACAAAGCUCUAUGCUGCGUACAGUGAUACUAUUUAUAAGAGUAACCACGAUUCUCGAAUUGCAAUAAAAUCUUCUAUGCCAGUAUCUGUCACACAGAGCUGUUUCUUUGGUGGCGAAAUUGGUGAAAGUUUUGUAGUGUUACCUCUAAGAAUGGCUGACCAGAAGUAUUCAUUUUUGUUACCCAAAUCAAUUGCCAAUAAUAGCCAUAUAACUAUAUAUUUCUUACCCUCUAAUCAAACGACAAAAAUAUCAAUCGUAGCAAAAUUUGAUGGGAAGGAAAGGUUUCAUGAAAUUGAAGCUAAGGCAGAAAAAAAUUCUUCUAUUUUUGCAUAUUAUGGAUUUGCCAAAGAACUGUCGCUGAAUUUAUUGGGUGAUAAUCCAUUUCAAGUGAUUAUAAUCAUACAACAAUUACUAUUCGCUAAUAAUACUUUAAGCAUUAAUAGCCGCGCAGAUUUUGGCUGCGAAAUGGGAAUUCCUUCAGUGCAAAAUGGCAUUGGUUACACUAAUAUCAGCAAAAGUCAAAAAUCAACAAGCAAUUUGACAGUGGACAGUUUGCAUUUGAACCAGCGAAUAUGUAACAUUAUUUUCAACUAUCUCGGAGAGCUUUUGACUUUUUCACAACGUUUCAUUGCAGCACAAUAUGUUACUGGAAGAAGUCAUUUUGCUGUUCAUCACUACAGGAAUUUAAUUAUCGUAUUCAUGGAUAAGAAUGCAGUAAAUGACUUAGAGAUAGACGGUGUGUUCGCCGCAGAUGACAUAUACGAACUGCAAACUCCCUACGAUUGCACAUAUUUCACAUUCAAAUUUUUGCUACCGACCGUUCCGAUACACUACGUACAGUCAAGCGGACGUUACGUUGUUUACAUUAAGAGCGAUGUACUACAAAAUAAUUUCCAUCAAUAUUUUGUCGCAUUUGGGACGCAAAUGAAUAUGAAUAAGGAAAUAGUAUCAACCACAGAAGUGACGAAUCGAAAACCAUUCACGGAAAGAGUGGAAGUUAUGAAAUCGUAUUUGAAAAUAUGGAAUCGGAAAGUAUUGACAAAACAAGUGCAACUGGAAUCAACUUUGAAACAAUUAUUUACAACUGAUCAAAUUGAUAAGCAAACAGAAAGUACCUCCGGAAGUAGCGUCAGCUUGGCGAGAACAGAUUGCGCAAUAAUUACGGGAUUGCAAUUGAUAAUACUGAUUAAAAUAACAUAG